AUGCCUUCUAUGACUAUACAAACGUCCUACGCCCGUCCCUUCACAUCCAAAGAUAGGGCUUCUUACCAAAUCAAUGUUCUCCCACCAUAUUACAUUGAUGAUGGUGAACCUAGAACUAAAAAUGUUGAUGAUAGUGAGACCCCUUAUGUACCACCAAAGAACAUAUUUAUCAUACAAGAGAUGGGUAAGGAACAUGUCAUUGAAGAGGAAUACAUGAGUAAUGAAAUUGAUAAUGGGGUAGAUGAUGACAACUAUGAUGAAAUGCCUAGUGUAAUUAGGUUUAAUGAAGAAUAUGCUCUUAUUAAGGAUUUUACUUUCAAGGGGUUGGAAUGGAGUUUUCUUCAUUGA